AGUUAGCAAUCUAAUAUAUAUAACUCUGUGACCGGAAGACGUCAGCACGAGUCGUACCGAGGUGCACUUAUCAAUAUUUGUGCAUACAUGAAUCAGCUAAUAAAUCGCAUUCUUUCCGUUAACGGACAACGGUUAACAUUCAAUUGUUUUGCACGAAGCUUUCACGUAUCGUUGUCAAAAAUGGUUAUCGCUGUUGGAGAUGAAUUGCCCAGCGUGGAUCUCUUCGAGAACACACCAGCGGAUAAAGUAAAUCUAGCACAGGCUGCAGCUGGGAAAAAAAUCAUUAUAUUUGGUGUACCGGGUGCAUUCACACCUGGCUGCUCAAAAACUCAUCUUCCUGGUUAUGUUACAAAAGCUGAUGAUUUAAAAUCCAAGGGAAUUUCCGAAAUCUUUUGUAUUAGCGUUAAUGAUCCAUUUGUUAUGGCAGCUUGGGGAAAGGAACAUAAUGCUACAGGAAAGGUACGAAUGUUAGCUGAUCCUAAAGGAGAUUUUACAGAUGCUGCAGAUCUUAGUGUGGAUCUACAGGUUUUAGGAGGUAAACGCAGCAAACGUUAUUCCAUGGUUGUUGAUAAUGGGAUAGUAAAGGAACUCAAUGUUGAACCAGAUAAUACUGGUUUAUCCUGCUCUCUGGCAGAUCGUAUAAAAGUUUAAAGGAUGUUA